AACCUCUCUCAUCAUUUCCCUUCUUCCUCUUCCUCCUUCUCCCUCAUCCACUUCCUUUCCUCUCUAUCAACAUUACAAUGUCAAGAAAAGCAAGCAAGCGAGUCAGUUUUAGCCCAGACAUCAGCGAUAAGCUCAAACAUGGAGGCAGUCAUACUGGACGAAGAAGAAAGAGAGUCAUCGUUGCCAUUUUCAGUUUCAGUCUACCAAGAACUUCAAGAUUCUCACCACAAACAUUGCUGAGACGCCUAGGUGCUAAAAUGGUGAGAGCACUACGCUUUGUUUCCAUAAACAGGAGUUCACGUAAAGUUUCUUCUUCCAACUUAGCAAGGUCGAGAUCACUAGCUGAAUCCAUCGACUCUCAUCGAGCAGAAGCUAUAGAGGACUGCAUCGAGUUCUUGAAUUCUUCUUCUUCUUCUUUGUCAAGGUCAAACUCCGUCUCUACGUGUUCUUGUUAGCUGUCCUUCCUGGGAAAUUAAUGCUUGUACAUGAGAUUUUUUUUUUCUUUUUCAGUUUCUGGUUUGAUUGAUUGUCUGAGAGUUUGUGUUUAAAUAUAGAAAAUACAUGGAUGAUUAUCAGCACA